ACCAGUCUUGACAAACGUAACAGCUAUUUACAAUUAUACUACGUGACAGUAAUGUAGUGUGCUGUUCAUAAGGCUUGCUUUCACAGUUUCGUUUUUAGUUAUUUUAUUCUCAUGUGGACAAUCCAUUACACGCUUAUAUAACGAAAUGUAGAACUUUGCCUUUUUUUUUAAAUAUUUCAAUGCGCUAGGUUUUAAAAAAUUAAUAGGUAAACAACGGUAUUCUGCUAGGUCAAAAACCUAUCAUACAAAGGUUUCAGACACUUGGUGGGGUGACAAUGGACCAAGGGGCAAUCAUUGACAGAGUUUUUAUUGCUCUAAAAUGGAACGGUUUUUAUCAGACGUCAAGAACCGCCGUCUUGCUUUUAUCACUGGCAAACCUCGGUUUAACAGCUGUUUCAGUUGUCUUCAUCGGUAAAGCUGUUGAUCAUAAAUGUCGACAACUACAAAGUUUUAACAUAACAAUUCAAGACGUCAGUUAUGACAUCGCGUCAAACAGCAGUAGCCUCCCCUUCGAAAUCAGUUACACCCAAUGCAGCGUAGACGUCAGAAACGGAAGUGACCUCAUUUUCACUUCAAUCUGUAGAGACGGCUACGAGUAUAACGUGUCGAUGACGUCAUCGUUUGUUGCUGAGUGGGACUUAGUGUGUAAUGAAGAAUCAUUCUCGGACUUUUCCCAAACAGUCCUAGUUCUUGGCGAGAUGUUUGGCUCACUCUUUCUAACACGUUUCGCUGACAGGUAUGGUAGAAAGGUGUCUUUUAUCGCUACAAGCCUAGUGUUUCUUGCUGCCAACAUGACAUGUGCAGUCUCUCCAAAUUUUAUCUUUUACCUUGUAUUCAGAUUUAUCACUGGACUUUCCGUUGCAACUUGCUACCAACUGUCCUACAUACUGAUGAUUGAGAUGAUGCCAACUGCACAUCGAGCCCUUCCUGAGAAACUCUGUUCAUUUCUAUGGUCUAUAUCGCUCCUGUGUGUGUGUCUUGUGGCCUACCUGACAAAAGAGUUGAGUUGGCACUACACCCAGCUGUGCUUGUCCCUGUUCGCCAUCUAUGUGAUCUUCCUGUGGUGGAUUACAGACGAGUCUAUUCGAUGGCUUUGUGCAGUCAAACGAUAUAAAGAGGUAGAGGACCUAGUGAAGAAAAUUGCAAGAAUCAAUCAAGUGGAUCCACAGGAAGCGUUAGAUAUAUUAAAAACUAACCUGCUUUCGCCUAGUCAAAUUUAUAGCGUAGAAAGUGAUUAUAAAAAUCAAGACGUAUUAAUUAACCCGGCCAUGAAUGAUGCUCAUUCCAGCCAUCCAGAUAAAAAAUUGUCUGUAUUUAUUAAGAAUACCAACUUGUUGAAAUUAACAGUGUUUUCAAGUUAUACGUGGUUUGUGGACUCGCUGGUAUACGAUGGGCUGCUGUUGAUCUCUCCAAACCUGAACGACGAUUUCUACCUGGGAUUUUUGCUAGGAGUUGUCACUGAGUUACCAGCUACACUCUCCUUCUGUCUGUUGAUCAACAGGAUAGGAAGAAAGAAAUGCACUGUUCUGUUUCAUAUACUGGCUGGGAUCUUCAUCUUGGUCUCAACUCUGAUCCUAAACACUCCACUAUACGACAUGAUACCUGGACAGUACUGGAUUUGUCUUGUCUUGGCUCUACUUGGAAGAUUGAGUGUAACAGCUGGGUUCUCUACCACCCUGACCUAUGUGUCUGAGCUGUUCCCGACAUCUGUCAGAAACACUGGUAUGGGUUUUGCCUCAGUGGCGUUGUAUCUAGGCUCUACCAUAGCUCCUUAUUCACGAACAAUUACUAGACAUGUUCCAUGGGCACCUAAUGUUGUGUUUGGGAUCAUGUACCUAACUGUGACUCUGGCCAUCCUAUUUCUCCCCGAGACAUGCGGGCAUGAACUGGCCCAAACGGUGAAUGACAUGGACCAGGAGAUGCAGAAGAGGAACCAAUAAAUCUUCCAAUGAUUUGCAUGCUUGGAGUUUCUAUAAUGUGUUGGACAAAAUGUUACUCAGUGCAUUUUUUAGCGUCCCUCCAAAGGGAAAUAGCCGCUAUUUGUUUUGUGUAGUCUGUCUGUCUGUCCGUCCGUCCGUCUGCCUUUGCAACCUUGUUUAUCUUUUAUAUAUGUGAUUCAGUUUUCUUAACAUGUUUUGAAGUCCAAAUAAAACAUUUCACACAUAGAUCUGUUUUCCUACGAGCUGCUGGGCUUCAUUAAUUCGGUGCUUUGAGCAGAUGAUUUGAGGUUAAACCUGUAUUUUGUUUGUUAGAAUAACUGCAAAUUAUUGUGAUAUAUAAUAGUAGUUGAACGAAGAAUAGUGAAUACACACUUCAGAAAAUGCAUUUCUUUGAAGCUCCAGAUCCACUAAGAAAAGCCAACAUUUUUUCUAAUCAUAACAGCUCUCCACUAAAUACUCAGUCUGUCAAGAGAGGGAUAUCUAUUGUUAUUCUAUUAAUUCAGUAAAGAACCCUUUUUAAGGUACAGAAUAAUUUUCUCUAAAACUAAAAACUGAAAACUUUUUAAUGGACAUCCAUUCCCCAGCAAUUUCAAAGCAAGAUACAUUGUCUGCUUGGACCAUCCUUUAAAUUUUACAGGUAUUCGGGCUGCCUCUGCUGAGGUUUAUUCUGUAAUUUUAUUAUUGGUACACUGGACCGUUUAGACACCAUUUUCUGAACGUCAAUGCACCUCUGGAACGUACGUCCUCAUUAAAACAAAGGUCAAGUGCUUUGUAGAGACCGGUGGAAUCGCCAGGAGAGAGGCUGACUGUCAGGAUGGUUAAAAUUUUUGAUUG